AAUAACAACCGCUAGAGCGACCAGAUUUUCUCUACUCCCCAUCAAGUCAUUUCCUUCCCUUAUCCUACGCGCUCUUGACUUUCUCACUCUUACACCCCGUACUAAUGGCAGAGUUACAGCCACCGGAAGGCCUAAUUAACACCGUCACAGCACCGCCAACCACCACAGUCACCACCGCCGCAACAUCAUCACUACUACCAGCUUCGGCCGAUGACAACAACAACAACCACCUUGGCUUAAACUUAGCCCCAAAGCGCCAACGUCGGCCCAGUGUCCGGUUGGGCGAGAUCGGCGACCAAUCGGCCACUCUCUCACACGAUUCUCAUGCCCGUAGACCCAAGCCAUGGAGGUUCCACAAGGACCCUGCAGCUCUCGCCGCGAAAGCCUCCAAGACUCGCCCUUUAACCAAUCUUGUUAACGGUGUCGAUUGCCAUGAAACCCUAGAAACCGAGGACAAUCUCGAUUUCGGAAACCGGAAGCCGAAGGAAUCGAAACCUAAGAGACCCACCAAGAGAGUCAGAACGAAUUGGGGGGCGUCGAAGGCUGAUAACGGAGCGGUAGGGGACAGUAGGGAAGACAAUGAUAAUGACGAUUUUAGGGAUUUCGAACCUGGAGGUUCAGAUAGUCCUUUGAAGGAACAUAGUAGUCCUGUUCAUUCCAUUGACAAUGCUGUUGGGCUUAAUUUUUGGGCCGGGCAUAGUCGGAGACUGGCUAGGGCUAGGGUUUCAGAGAGUUGGGAUCAUCACCGGGUUCAGGAUGAUCGGAUGCCGGAUUCCGGUAAAUGUGGGACGAGUGGAGAAAGGAAUUUCGGUAGUGGCAGCGAGAGGGGACCCAAUAGGUGGUUUCUUGACGAUGGAGUAAGAAGUUGGCUCAUUGGAUUGGGGCUAGGCCGGUAUGCUCCGGCUUUUGAGAUACAUGAGGUGGAUGAAGAAGUUUUGCCCUUGUUGACAUUGGAGGAUCUUAAGGAUAUGGGAAUAAAUGCUGUUGGAUCGAGGCGGAAAAUGUACACUGCCAUACAAAAGCUUCAAAAGGGGUUUUCGUGACUUCAGCUGGAGAGCAACAACUUAGAACCCUCGGCCAUGGCAGAGUUGGAAAACAAGUGCGUGUCUGAGAUGGUUUAAGUUCUUUUUGUUUCUUCCAAUGAUAAUAUUAAUAAUAAUGAUAUAUAUGUUGUGGUACUUAGUUUGGAAUUGAAUUGGUUCUUUAUUUAUCUUGCUAUUGCCUUAA